UGAAAAAAAAAAAAAUUGGCGAUGAGGGUUAGCGGCGGUGGUCGUUCUCCGAUUACGGCGAAUGUGGUGGUGGCUGUGGCGGUGAAGAGCGCGGAGGGGAGGGGAACGCAGAGGGCGGUGCGGUGGGCGGUGGAUAAUUUGUUGCACAAAGCCGAUCGUCUGGUUCUGGUUCAUGUUAUGCGCGCCAUCACUUCUGUUCCUACUCCUUCGGGUGGUUGCAUCUCCGUCAAGGAUCUAGACGCAAGCGCGGCGGGAAUGUAUAUCCAAGAUGUGAGGGCAAAGUGUGAAGAAAGUUUUCAAACUUUCAAGCGUCUGUAUGAGACAGAAAAGAUUGAAACCUUGUUAUUGGAAGGAGACAGUCCUGCAUUUGCACUUUUAAGAUACAUGUCUGAUUCGAAAAAUACAAGUUUGGUGCUGGGAUCUUGCACCUCCGGUUACUUUGCGAGGAAGCGAAAGGAUUCCGAGGUGCCGUCAAUUGUUCUCAAACAUGCUCCCGACACGUGCGACAUCUACGUAGUCUCUGCAAAUAAAAUCAUCUCAAAUUCAUUGAACCCUAUGUUAACUUCUGAGAGGGAGAGUGUUUCACGUGGAUUUAGUAAACAAGAAUCCAGCGUUUCUUCAUCAUCCGCUGAGUCCAAAUAUUCUAGCUACCUCUCAGAUGUUAGUCAUUCAAAUUCUCAGGCGCACACCCCAAGGUUCUCUUCCAUGCAUUCUGGUUCUGUUCAGGAAAUAGUCCAUCAAGACUCAGAAGAUGGUCACUCAGAUAAGUCGAAAAAUAAAGGAUUUCCAUCCAUUUCUUCUACAUACUCAGAGCAGUCAGACGUUCAGACUGAAAUAGAAAGAAUGCGCCUAGAAUUGGAGAAUACCCUAACCAUGUACAACCGAACUUGUGAAGGCCUUGUCCAUGCACAAAGCAAGGUUCAGUUGCUUAAUUCUGAAUGCGUUCAAGAAGCACAAAGAGUGAAUGCUGCACAAAGAAGAGAACAAAGUUUAAGGAAAGCUGCUGCUUUAGAGAAACAGAAGUAUCUGGAAGCUGAGAAGGAGGUUGAGAUGGCAAAACAACUUCUAGCUAAAGAGACAUAUGAAAGGCAGAUGGCAGAGCUGAAGGCCCAAAAAGAGUCGUUAGAGAAAAAGAGAAUUGUUGAAGCACUAUUGUCUAGUGACCGAAGGUAUAAAAGGUAUACAAUGCAGGACAUACAGAAGGCAACUGGUUUUUUGGCUGAAAGUAACAUGAUUGGGGAAGGAGCAUAUGGUAAAGUUUACAAGUGUAGCCUUGAUCACACCUCAGUGGCUGUCAAAAUCCUUCGCCCUGAUGCAGCUGACAGAAAGGAGGAGUUUCUAAAAGAGGUAGAAGUCCUUAGUCAAUUACGGCACCCUCACAUUGUCUUAUUGCUUGGAGCCUGUCCAGAAAAUGGCUGCCUUGUUUACGAGUAUAUGGAAAACGGAAACCUGGAAGAACAUAUUCUGCGCAGAAAAGGCAGACCUCCACUUCCAUGGCCCGUUAGAUUCCGAAUUGCUUUUGAAGUAGCUUGUGGGCUUGCCUUCUUGCACCAAUCGAAGCCAGAGUCCAUAGUUCACCGAGAUCUAAAACCCGGAAAUAUUUUACUAGACAAGAAUUUCGUGAGCAAAAUCGGAGAUGUGGGCUUGGCAAAAAUAAUUUCCGAUGUUGUCCCUGACAGUGUCACACAAUAUAGGGACUCCGUGAUAGCGGGUACCCUGUUCUACAUGGAUCCUGAGUAUCAGAGAACUGGAACCCUCCGACCAAAAUCCGAUCUUUAUUCUUUUGGAGUAAUAGCCCUUCAGUUGUUGGCCUCACGCCAUCCAAAUGGGCUUAUAACGAAGUUCGAAAACGCUGUAAGCAGUGGCACUUUAUCGGAGAUUCUCGAUAAGUCAAUUAUUGAUUGGCCAUUAGCUCAAGCAGAAGAAUUAGCACAUAUCGCGUUAAAAUGCUGCAAACUUAGAUGUAGAGAUCGGCCAGACCUUGAAACGGAGGUACUUCCGAUUUUGAAACGACUUGCUGAAUUUGCGGAUUCUGUUAGCUCUACUGGGAGAGACCAUGUACCUAAACACUUUUACUGCCCAAUCCUUCAGGAAAUAAUGGACAAUCCUCACAUAGCAGGUGAUGGUUUUACGUACGAGCAUGGUGCGAUAAAAGCAUGGCUCGACAGGCACGACGUAUCACCGGUGACAAGAGAAAAACUGCAAAACAAGACGCUAACUCCGAAUUAUAUGCUUCAUUCCGCCAUUCAAGAAUGGAGGAAACUAAAAGGAUAACUUCAUCAGUGAAAAAAAAAACAUUCGUUCAUCAGUGAAUCGGUGUUACGGUUUAAUUUGCACGUGUUCUGCUUGUGAAUAUAUGUGUCCUUGAAUCAGUUUUGAGUGUAUAUUUCUACUCUGCAUUUUUGCAAUUGCUGCUCCCGGAAAUGUAUAGUUUGAUAGUUUGUAAAUAUUUUACAGUAUUAGGGGUUGCCUGCUCUUAUUGUUAUUAGGAAGAAGCCCACGCUACAUUUUGGAUCUAUGUGCACAAAGCUCAAACAACAGGGGGUUAAGUGCUAUUUACUCUUUUUAUUAUUUAGUCCAUUUGAUGUAACAUAGUUCUAAGGCCCAUAAGUAAGUUUCAUUGUUAAAUAUACCUUCAAAUAGGUCUAAA